GUCGGUGCGGAACGGACAACUGCUGGUGUCCACCGGGCUCCCAGCCCUGGACCAGCUCCUAGGUGGAGGUUUAGCCGUUGGAACAGUUCUUCUAAUCGAAGAGGAUAAAUACAAUAUUUACUCUCCUUUGCUCUUCAAGUAUUUCUUAGCAGAGGGAACCAUCAGUGGGCAUAUGUUGUUGAUUGCGUCUGCUAAAGAAGACCCUGCUAACAUCCUGCAGGAACUGCCUGCACCAUUACUUGACGAUAAUUGUAAACGAGAACUUGAUGAAGAUGUAUAUAAUCAGAAAACACCAGAAUCUGACACUAAGAUGAAAAUAGCUUGGCGUUACCAGUUGUUACCCAAGAUGGAGGUUGGACCAGUAUCAUCCUCAAGAUUUGGUCACUACUAUGAUAUAUCAAAAAGGAUGCCACAAGAAUUCAUCGAGUCGUCAAAAUGGCAUGGAUUUUUCCUUCCAGAAAAAACAUCUUCAACUCUUGGAGUAGAAUCCUGCUCUCUGACACCCGGCUACGCGGCGCUGCUUCAGUUUAUCCGGAACAUCAUUUAUGAGGAAGGGUUCGAUGGAUCCAACCCCCAGAAAAAGCAGAAAAACAUUUUAAGACUAGGAAUUCAGAAUCUUGGCUCGCCUCUCUGGGGAGAUGACAUUUGCUGUACAGAAGACUGUGACAACAGUCACGGCCUUACCAAAUUCCUCUAUGUCCUCCGUGGGCUCCUGCGAACCUCUCUUUCAGUCUGUGUCAUCACCAUGCCAACGCAUCUGAUCCAGAAUAAAGCAGUUAUUGCUCGUGUUACACACUUGGCAGAUACAGUGAUUGGUCUUGAGUCCUUCAUUGGUUCUGAGAGAGAAACCAACCCAUUGUAUAAGGACUAUCACGGUUUGAUUCACAUACGACAGAUUCCUCGGCUUAAUAACUUGAUUUGUGAUGAAUCAGAUGUCAAAGACUUAGCUUUUAAAUUAAAAAGGAAGCUAUUCACCAUUGAGCGACUACAUUUGCCUCCAGACUUGUCAGACACAGUGAACCGCUCAAGCAAACCGGAUCUGGCAGACUCCAAGCUGCUGGGCCCAGGCUGUGGCAUGAUGGCCAGAGGCAAGAAGCACCUGGACUUCUAGGGGCCCUCCUUAGUCGUCGCACGCAGGAUUAUCUGACACUCUAAUUACGACUGCUAAUAGCGUGUGUAAAUAUUUCCCUUAAUGAUUUGACCCUGCAAUCCGUGAGAAAACAGGGUGGCAGAAUGGGGCUGCCAGCCUUCUUUUUCUAACCAACUUCUUAGACAGAAAUAGUACCGCAGAUACACUCUGAUUUUAAAAGUCUGUGUUAUGACAUGUUUAGAGAAAAUACAGCACUUUAUUUCCAAGUAAAUGCUCAAAAUGUCAAAAAAAAAAAAAUCAAGGUUCUUUCCAGAGGUCAGAAGCGUGCGCGUGCUCAGGCCCCCAGGGGCACCAUGAAGCGUGUUACCGUGGGCAGCUGUGACACGUUGCAGAAUACAGGGUUAUGUUUGAAAACACUUCUGCUUUAUUUCUGAAAAAACCUCUUGCCUACAAAAAUGCCAAGGGGUUUUGUUUAAUGACAAAUUUGUUUGCUAAAUAUAUAAAAUAAAUUUGCAUUUAUGUAUCUUAUUAUUCCGUUUGUGAAGACAAAUAAUAUCUUAGGAUUCGGACUCCAUUAAAGACAGUUAGUCGGCCAUAGCACUUAACAAAUUUAAAGAACUUGAGUGAUAGAGUAGAAAAGGACGUUGCCAGUCUUCCGUCUAGCAAUUCUAAACCAUCGAAGUCAGCACUAUAAAAUGAUGUCAACAGACAUGCUUCAGGAUUGAAAUUCAGACUGGCAGCCACAUGACCGCUAGGGCACCAGGAAAAGACAGGUACUGAAGCUAAUGCGAGAUUUUUACAGGACAGUCGGGGACAAAGGGGGAGAAUAGAAACUCUCUCAGAUUUCCAUCGCAUCACGUAAACUUUCGGUUGAUACGUAAUUCCACAUUAGCUGAAGACGUUCUAAGCCCGCCUUCUGAGGUGUGCUGCAUAUUGAACCAGGUUUCAUGUAAGCACCAGCUUCUGAGUCACAGCUCCCUCUUCUCAAAGUUUUUGACAAAUAUUGGAUAAAAAGUAACUUGCAUACUUCCAUUAAGUCUCAGUUCUUAAAAAGGUGUUCAACAUCCUUUGGGAGAAACUGAAUUUCCAAAAUCCAUUUUCAAAUAUAGUAGAAUAUUUUGAAGCAGUUAUAACUAGCA